AUGUCUCUGCCGGCGUGGUUACUAUCGGACUUCGAGAGUCUGCACGAAGCGCUGCUUGCAAUCGCAGAAUCGAACGGUGUUGGGUCCGACACUCUCGAUGACUUGUUAAGCCGACAUCAAGAUGCGCUCAAGCAAUUACUUGACCAACGCCCGAGGAACGACGAAAGCAGGAAAAGGUUACAGUCAGGCAAAGUUCAGCUAUCUGACGACGAAUAUGAGGUAAACGAACUUUUCGUCCAAACAACAGUCGAACUGUCAGAUGAAUUGUCCUUAGACGAAUCACUAGCAGCAGAACUCCUUUUACUUGGACAAGAAGAAAGCACUAGCCUAGACCGGGAACCAAAGCAAGCAGCGGUGAUUAUUUUUCAUAGACGCCGGCACUAUAUCGCAGAAUGUAUUCGACUUAUCCUUUCGUUGUCGUCCGACAACGACGUCGACCCAGAGCUACGGGCUAUCCUAAAGCAAUCGGCAAUGACAAUCGCGGGGAGGGGGACGAAGUUUGGCGAUAGAAUCAUCAAGACGAUGGCAACUAUCCGGGAAUGGAUCCGACAGCUCGCCGACAAGCAUCGACUAGUGGGCUUCCAUAACAUCCCAAGUGUGGCGGAGAUCAGAGAUGUAAUAGUCCUGCAGGCGAAUGCGUUAUCACAGCAGCAUCAGGCCCUCGCCCUAUCAUUGACUUCUCUGAUCCGACUAGAACAAUGCGGCAUCCCCGAACUGGAUUCCAUAGUGGCUGGAUUGAAAUCGCAAAAAGAAUAUGAUGUUCUUCUCAUCCAUCAAAUACCACCCUUUCUAGCCAUAGUUUCCUUUGUGCUGUCACCCAGUACAAAAAGCACCGUCACUGAGCUCAAACAGAAACAUGCAGAGUUCGUAAGAUCAAGCAAAGACGACCGCUGGGACCUCCAAUACGUCCAUGCUGCUGUUCAUCUGUCCUGGUUUACGGAGAUGAACGGCCUCGCUAGAGAUGCUCCUCCUACACUCCCCAUCCAAAUCAACUACCAAAAAGACAUUCACGAACCUUCGAAGCUAGUUCUGUCUGAUGGAGGGUUGGAUUUUAUGAUGGCUAUUGCUGCAGAUACAAACCCUGCAACUCAAGCAGAGGCUUCGAGGGAAGAAUUUAGACGAUUUUUGCAGACAAAGACGCCUAUACAGACUAGUGAAAUGGUUGGGCUUUUGUCUGACUUUCGGAUAGCUCUUACUGCCCAGCUUGAAAAUUUCAUGGACAGUUUCAUCAGCAACAUGGCGGAUAUUUUGAAAGAAAUCAAAAAUAUCGAAGAAGAAGAUCAUAUGAUUCAACGGGAAAGUGCAUAUAAUCUGGAGAGAUUCUUCAUGUUUAUAGGGUUUUUAUUCCGGAACCGGCCAGACGCCGGCAUGACCUUUUGGGGUGACCGGGAAAGCAACCUGUAUGGUUUCCUAACGUGGGCAUCUCAACGUCAGACACCCGCAAUGGCCAGUGCCUACUGCGAUAUGCUUUCUUCCCUAGCUUUCGGCCCCGACAGCGCACAGAUGGCGGACCAGUUCCUAACUGAGGAUACGACGAUCCAGAGCCACAAAGCUAAGCGGCCGCAACAGGUUUCCUGGGAUUUUAUAUUCCAGUCGCUUCAAUAUUACGUAACGCAAUUACGGCCGCGCAUCGAACCCCCCCCCCCUGCCAUAGGGUACCGUGGCAUGCCCCCUCCAGUAGAGCCCGCGGAGCUUGAUGAAGACAGCAUAAGGGUUAUUGAUUCAUAUCUCCGUCUCAUCACUCAAAUCAUCACGUUCAACGAUUCUGCCAGGGACAGGAUAUUCGAGAAUGCGACAGCUCAGUUAAUACCUACCUUAAUGGAAAUGUUGGAUUCGCCACUUCCCGGAAGCUUAAUCGCAUCUAUAUUCAAUACCAUCGCUGGUUUCUGUCUCGCUAAGUCCGAGAACGACAAUAUACAGUUGUGGGACGCCGUUGACAGAUGGAUUAUGGUCCCCCCACCCAACGCUGGGCCAGGGAUGCCAGCCCUUAGGACAAAACCCAAUGGCUACAUGACAUUCCUCAAAUCUGAAGUUGUCACCACGACAUUUGCGUCAGCCUUGGCCUUUGUUAAGCUUAUGACGGCUUUGAUACGCCCCACCGACCCAAACCUGACGGACGUUCUUCCCUUUCCAGAAAAUCUGGGGAGUACAAACAGGCUCCCUGGCAUCGAUUUUUACGUGGAUAGCAUUGUCGAAAUGUUAAUUGAAGCAGACAAACAACUCUCCGACAAUGAGACGCUUUUACUCCAGACAGCAUGUCUAGAUUUCAUUUUGACCGCCCUGCUAUCAUUCGAUGACCAGCUUAUCGUCAUAGCCAAUACAUCCUCCAUCGCAGUUGACUCUGUGAUGAAAACCACUGACCUCGCUACUUACGUCAAGCUACAUCCGUUCUCAAGAUUGAUGGAUCAUCUUUUUAGCGAGGGAGUCCUAGGUACUCUCUUCUCGAUUGUCCGCAAAGGAGUGGAUGCUGUGGCGGCGGCGGAAGGUACAAAGGAAGACUCACCUCUUAUCCAAAGCAUUUUAAUGGCCAUCCAGAUUAUGACGAUUAUAAUGGAUAAGGAGCACACAUUUCUCGAGGUGGUACGGCCACAACUGUGGAAAGACGACAAUGCUCCUCGCAGGAGUGUGGCAAAUACAGCACUGGCGUCUUUUGAGACGGCUGUUCUUUAUCACCUCUCCAUCAUCGUCCAUCUAGGCCUCUUAGGCGGGAUGGAGUAUUCGAGGCUAGCUGUAACGUCACUAAAACUUCUGACCACUUUAGCCGCAUCAACUACAGUAACAAGCACACCAACCUCGCAUUUCAGCAGAACUAGUGGCAAGAACCGGUUGCUCACCAUUACUGACUCUGAAGGAGAGUCAAGGAGGAUAGCUUUCGGGUUCAUAAACGCCUUAGAGAAGAGGAUUGACCCUAGCACAGCUGUAGAGGGGCAGUUGCACCCUGAUAUAAUUGUGAAGCUUGAAAUUCUUUCAUUUUUGAAUACUUGCUUAGCAUCAACACCCGACAAGCCGACUCUUGCUCAUUUAAUCCUUGGCUUCUCAAUCAAUGAUAAUCGGGUUGAUAUCAGCGAGGAGCCGAGCGGUAUUGGCUCCGGUACCUCGGUUUUCCACUCUGUCCUUAAUAUCGCCAGCUCUUGGGAAGAAAGGGAUGAACAGGGAACAAUCUUUGAUGGUGAACUUAUGGUGUUGAAACGAGCGGCGUUGACAGUUCUCCAUUUCCUCUGGAAAUCGAAGUUAACUUACUCGGAUACUCUUUACAUUCUCAGAGAGAACAAAUUCUUCUUCGCUCAGUUUUCCCAAGAAGCGGUCAUCAAUAAUUCGACUAUGUGGGAUGGUUUUCCGUUCACUGCCCCGGACUUCUUCUUCAAUACAUCUGUGGACUGCUGCCGUGCUUACAUCGACUCACGGACGUACAUUCUGGACUACCUAGCUCUAGAGCUACGCCAAAUGUCGCUUCUCGGAGCAUCGAGCUCGCUCAAUGCGUAUUACCUUUGUCUUAUGGGGGUUACAGACGCUUUUGAUGUGAGGUUAAACCACGCAAGUCUCCUUGACUAUCUCGAUUUCCUCGAAUUCGAUGUGGAGGGUGCUUUCGCCGCCCCCGACUUAAUGCACUUUGGAGGUUUAAACUUUUCGCCAUAUUUAAGGAGCGCUGCGGGGCAAGAGGUUGAACAAUAUAAUAUCGAUAAUGUUAGAUCAAUGCUUCAACUCCGGAAAUUAGAGUUGAAGAAAACCGGGCAGUUUGGAGGAGACGCCGAGGAGCUUAUGGAUAUCGAGACCGAGCAAGUUGCAGUAUAUCUUCAGCAGGACAACAACUUCCGACAAUUCAAGGUUUCAAGAACUUUGUGCCUACAGCACUGGUGUAGACUUGUCAUUGCCCUUCUCGAAACCUCCCUCUCAGACCCCAACACCAAGUCUUCCUACAUCAUGCAGGCUUUGCAGACGGUUAUUCCCAAGCUUGAACAGCACUGCGGCAACGACGAACGGAUAACAGCUGAAUUGACUGUAGUAGCACAAUCGCUCAUCUCCAAUCUUGACUUCGAAUCAAUAAAUUUAGGUCGAGAAAGAGGGGCUGAUGUUGCCCACGACCGUCUUUACCAACUUUUCCGCCUCGCAUUACGGGGCGCCCAAUCGCCUAUAGCAAGUUCUAAGAUUCGCGAGGACUUUUAUGAUAUCCUAUGUAGAUACCUCAAUGGUAUGGCAGGGUUGUCAUCCCAGUUGUCCAUCCUCAAUCGCCGUAGUCUACAGACCAUUCGUGGAAGCGGCGAGCGAUUCCUUGAGAUCUUGUGUAACGACGCAUAUGUUGGGGCCGGCACUUGCAAAUUGCUUGCCUUGAAUCUACUAGACGCACUUGUUUGCCUAAGCCAGGAGGAGGAAUCUACCUAUAUCAUUGACGUCUUACGAAGGCAAAACCUGAUUGUGGUACUUGUGCAAUCUCUCAAGAGUCUCGACCAGGAGGCGCUGCAGGUUACUGAUGGUGGCCAAUCUUUUAUGACGCUCGUUAAAGCCAUCACCGGGCUUCUGUUGCGACUCUCUCGAACGAAGCUUGGAGCCGGUAUGGUACUUAGCUCCGGUUACUUCAUGAUUCUCAAAGAAUGCGGACUGUUCACAAUUGAUCCUGACAUCGGUAUUGCUUUUAUGGGUGGCAAAAACAUUUCUAGUUACUACGAUUUAUUAUUAUCUUUCGUCCGGGUCCUUGUCUCCUGCUUGAUCUGCAAGGGUCUCUAUAAUAAAUCGGACCUUAUACAGACGCAAAGAUUCUUGGCCGAUAACAGAAUAUUAGUGUCGUCGAUACUAAAACGAAACGCUAAUAUUGGAGGUGUGCUACCGAACGCGGGCGAUAUGGGGCCCCUCGUUGAUAUGUUUGUGGUUUUGUACUCUAUGGUUGAUGCUGCCGCCGAGGCAUGA